AAAGCUCCCGCUUCAGACAAGACCAAAACGGCAGCCAUUGAAAGCAACCAAAGCUUCAAGCUAGAAAAGCUGUUCAACGUGAAGGACAAAGUGGCCCUAAUCACAGGCGGCGGCUCAGGAAUAGGCCUAAUGGCAGCACAAGCCUUAGCCGUGAACGGCGCCAAAGUAUACAUAACCGGACGCACCGCAAAAAAACUCGAGCGCGUAGCCUCUCUCUACGGCAACAACAUAAGCGGCAAAAUAAUCCCGCUCGCAGCAGACGUGACCGAAAAAGACGAGAUCAGAAGACUAGUCUCGGAGAUCUCCACACGCGAAGGCUACCUCUCAAUCCUAAUGAACAACGCCGGGAUAUCCAGCCAGACGCAAGACACUGAGCGCAAAGACGCAUCUGAGCUCCGGGAAACUCUGUUCGAUGACCCGGCUGCGACGUUCGACGAGUGGGACGAGGUGUUCCGCGAGAAUGUCUCGCAUAUCUUCUUCAUGACAACGGCGUUCCUGCCGCUGCUGCAGCGCGGAUCGGAGGUUGAAGAUGGCUGGUCUAGUACUGUGCUCAACACGACUUCCAUGUCUGGGAUUGUGAAGAUGGCGCAGCACCAUUUUGCGUAUAAUGCUUCCAAGGCGGCGGCGAUUCAUUUGACUAAGUUGCUUGCGCAGCAGGUUAGUUCGUCGAAGCUGCGGGUUAGGGUUAAUAAUAUUGCGCCGGGGCCUUUUCCUAGUGAGAUGACUACUGGGGAGAGUGAUGAGAAGCAGAAGAGUUUCAUUCCGGAUGAGAAGUAUCGGGUGAAGGUUCCUGUUGCUAGGCCUGGGAGAGAUGAGGAUAUGGCUGGUGCUGUGCUUUUUGCGGUUUGUAAUCAGUACUUUAAUGGGCAGACUGUUGUUAUUGAUGGGGGAUAUGUUCUUGCUGCUGGGUCUGCAUGA